AACUAAAACAUUUCCCAUUUGAAAUAAAUUUCCCUUUUUCCCCCCGAAAAAGAGCGGUAGCUUCUUCGCCUCCUCAUUUUCUACUCCAAAUUCGUCGCUUUUUAAUCCAAUUUCCCAAUUUUAUCCGCUCUCUGGAUUAUCAGACGGCCAGAAUUCACCGUCGCUGGCUUUCGAAUUGCAAAAGAGAUUGAUUCUAGCUUUCUAGGGUUUCUUCUUGUCUACAGUUCCCGUUUCAAUUAGGGCUUUUCCGAGCUUGGCAUCGAAGAUUAUGGGGAGACGGAAGAAGAAGCUGAAACUGGGAGAUUCUGCUUUCUCCAAUGUCAAGGUCUCGACGGUCCCACCUUUGAAAAAUUUGCACGAUCUUUUGGUAAAAGUGUCUCCUUUUGAGUUUUUGAACCAAGAUGGACAUGGAGUUGGGAAACCCAUGAUUAGUUUUGCUGACAUUAUUGAUCUCUCUAAUCUGGUUUUCGAGGAGCUGCACAAACAAUCUGAACAAUUACUCUCUGGUACGAGCAACAUCUCUCGUGUAGCGGCUUUAGAUGAAAAUGGCCGUUUAACUUCAGAUUCGAAAUUAUCCCAAGAUGACUUUCUACUGUUGUUGAGGUGUUCUAUGAUCCUCAUGCGGUUUCUCGAGCUUGACCUCAUGCUUGUUCUGGAAAGAUGUCGGAUUUUGGUUGCGGUUCUUGGGAAGUUAUGUCCUAUAUUUUCACCAUUGCAGUUUACUAAUGAAUCUGCAUGUCAUGUUGAUGCUAUAACUCCAGAAGGUGGUAUAUCGAGUAGUUUCUCUUCUUCUAUACUUGAGGUAUUUUUGGAUGAGCUUUUGAUGCAUGAUGAAUUGUUAAAACAUUUCAUCAUGACAACUUGUGCUUCUGCUACAGCAAAGAAGUUGUUUCUUUCUCACUGCUAUGGUGAUAUUCAGGCCAUUAUGGAGCUAGUUUCAAGUCAUUUUCUUCUGUCAGUUCAAAGUGAAUCGACCUUUGAUAGUUUCAUUAUGUCUCUAUCUUGGUCUUAUGAUGUAGAUAAUCAUGUUCCUAUAAUAGGGUUAGCUUCUGUCUUAGUGUUAAUGGGUUACCCAGUCAUUUCUUCUGCACCUGUUUUGCUCCAAGCACAUCUUAUUCUUUUGGCUUCUAGAUGCAUAGGCAUUCAUGUUCCUGCAGAUACGAAGAAUUUGGAUACGCUAGAUAUGAAUCUUUACAUCUUGGCAUUUGAACUAUCUAUCAAGCUAUAUUUGGGUUUUAUGCCCUUUCCAAAUUUCUUUGAUAAUACAAGAGAUGAGAGCGAAUCAAGUGUUUAUAUCAAGGGGCAAUUAUUCUGUUCUUUUAUCCAACCAUCGACAAACAGUAAACUCAAGCAGCAGAUUGACAUGUUCAUUGAUUUCUGGAACCUGCCUUUACACCAACUGUACUCUGAAAGUAAAGUAGACAUGUUAAGCAAAGCUAUUUCUUAUAUUAAAGGAAAUCAAGAUUUCAUUGACGAAAUGUUCAGGGAUGAGGCCUGUACAAUUCUAACUUGCGUAGUUGAAAGUAUACUUCCGGGAGAAAGUGAAUGGUCACAUGAAGGUGGGGAGAUGAUUCAGCAAGAGAUAUGUUAUAUUGCUGCAGCAUUAAAGUUAAUGAGUUCAUCAGCUUUGCAGAUUGUAUGGUUUUUGAAGCAAAAUGGAUACGCUGGUGCCAUGGACAACACUUCAAAAGAAAAUUUACACUGCAAGGAAUAUGAUUUUAUAUCCAGGAUUAUUAGAUGUUUUGGAAACUGUGGAGUGGACCCCCAUAUUGAGAAGAUUUUAUCUUUUCUAGUGGAAAUCACUACUGGAGCGGGUAAAGAGAGCAUGAAGAUGUUUUUACAUCUUGCAAGCUUAUUAUCAUAUAGUUUCAGUAAAAAGAUUGAUUUUUUGUGGAAGGGCUGCAUUUUUAUGUUGAUUCCAUUGAUGAAUCUUAUAAUUUUGGAAGAGGGGAAUUUAGAUGCAUUUCGGCCAUUGAUAUGCAAUAAAAAAGGCCCGACAUCUCAGGCAGAAAUCUUAAAGGAUUCAAGUCAUAAAUCGUCAAGUAUAGCUAUUGCUUCGAAGCUAAAAAAAGUAAGGGAUCAGAUCAAACACUUGCGGCAUGAGAACAAUAGGUUAGGCAGUGGGGAGAUCACCGAGAUGGCAGACCCAAUGUACGAGUCAAAUGCAUCAAAGGAGCUGAAAACUGAUGGUGUGCAGAAGCAUGCUACGUUAAAUGAUGAAGCCAAUACCUGCACUGGGGAGAUCUUCCUUGAGUGUUUAACGCCCUAUCAUAAGAACAAUUCUAACGUUGAAGAUUUGGUCGAUUUCAUCGAGUGCAAAAAUGGAAAGGAUUACUCAAGUUGGUUGGAAAACCGAGCAAGAUUCAGAAAAUGGAAAUAUAAAAGGGUAUCAUCCAUAAAACAUCAGGAUAAGAGAAACAAGCGAGUAGGAUUCAUGUCUUGCAGGAGGAUUUAGAUACAAUGCAGGCACCACAGCUCUCAGCUUAUUCAGGUAAAGGGGUAAUGUAACCUGUGAUGAGCUGACAUAAAGAAUGAGAUGAGUAAAAACAUCGAGGAAACCAGAGACGACGAAGUUUAUAGUUACAAAUCAAUGGGAAGCUAGGAGUUACAAUGUAAUUUGUACCUGGUAAAUUGUUUGAAGAAAAGGCUCAGGGGAGAAAAGUCAGAAACUUGUUUGUACAUAAACAUGACGUUUGUGUGUAUUGUAUGUACAAUUGGAUUGAUUAUGUAUGAUGUAUGUAUCUCUCAAUACUUCGCGUCUCGGUGUAAUGAAAUUUUAAAGGUUGUGGAAAAGUUCAUUUGAUAUA